AAUGAGGGCCAUGAGGAGCACUCGGGUCUUAUUAUUUUUAGAUCGCAUGACUCCUUAUUCAUGGUGUUCUUAAAUGGCCAAAUCCGUGUUUCUUGCAACCCUCUAUCAAGCUCUCCCCACGCCCAUCCGCUCUUUCUAUGCAGCUGUGCCAUUCACAUUGCUACUCUACGGCAUCAAGUUUCCUACAUGGGUUCAAAUCUCUACAUUGUAGACAGAUGCUGUUACGGUGGAGGGUCUCGCGACACAUGCUAUUGUUCCUUUCAUUGAAACUUUCUGUUCUAUUAAACGAGACGAUCUCGCAAUUCUGCUCCGAUCUUCGAUCAUGACAGAGAGCAUCUCGAUGAGUCCAUUACGGCGAAACCGAGGGCAUACUAGGCCGAGCUUACUGGCUUGGGUUCGCCAGGCUCCCGAACGACGUUAUAUCAUGCCAAGAUAACACAACUGCGAGGCCUAUCAAGGGUUGAAAUAUGCUGAUCUCGUCUUUAUUGCAUAACCCAGACCCCGUCUGCCUUUUCAAUCGUGACUGAUCGGCUGCUAUCUCUUUGAUGCCGAUUAUAAUGCAACCCCACAGGCCCUGAUAGCUGAGACCGUUUCUGUGCCCAAUAUGGAUCCUUACUGCUGAGGAUGAGGCACACUAUACGCACCUUCAGACCAGGCAGAUGUCUAUCAUGUCAAGCGUAUGUACUACACGCUACACUACACCCGCAUAAGAUGGGACAGGGUUCUUUUUUAGCCGGCGGCCCAUCGAAAUAGGACGCAUCUGAGCUCUCUAGCAACAUGUAAGACGGUUGACGAUUACCGCUUCAGCUCGCUGCAAGUCACUAUCACGAAUCACGGGCUUGUGCCCGACACCACACCAAGCCAUUUCAAACCACACCAGCCAACGCAUGUGCUGCGUUGCCCUGCGCUGCGAUCUCUUCCUUCAGCCCUGAUCCCAGCCACCAGGUUCCUUUCCUGAAAAACAUGCAGCAAUUUUCUGCGUCUUCGAUGCGAUGCGAUGCGAUGCGAUGUGCGGCUGCAUUCAUGCCGCCCUCUGCAUCGACCUACCUGCUUCUGUGUCUCUUUUCUCUUGACCGUUCCGGAAUACAUUGCCUUAUCGGUAUCGCGCACCAUCUGGCCUUGGUCUUGGGCGUUGUCGUUGUGGUUCCUUUUUAUCUGCUGUGCCUCAUGCUUCCCCAGCUCUCCACCCAAUGUCUUGCAUAUCCUCCCCUCCAGUGUUCGCUGACCGGCUGCCCCUUCAUCGCCGCGUCAUCAGUUCUCCUUCCUCUGCCAUAUUGACCGGUUGUUGAUAAUAUUGAAUAUUGUACACCGCCGUUUGUUGUACUCAUUCACCGAAGAAAAGACUGGUUGGGGCUUGCAUUAGCCGCAGGUGCGCGUUUCUGUGUUGGCGCCCUUGCGGGCCGCUCGGCGUGAGGUUUUGAUACAAGUGUCUCCAUCUUUCUUGAUGGGCGAUGUCGCCAUGGAUGUUGAUAGAACUGGGUCCUUCGCACCAGUACAGUACAGACAGUACAACUUUUAUGCAGGCAUCAACAUAAGAACGCAGCCAAUCUGAGCUGCUGUUUUUGAACCGAUACGAGCUAUCGAUUUAGGAACAGGUCGGUUGCGCGUCAGGUAAUUCAAGAGUUGGCUGGCAAGCCGAUCAAACCUCUCAUAGCUACAGUGCACAUCAUUCAUCGCCUUGGUAUGCAAGACAGUGUGCAGUAGGCAAGUAUCUCAUGGGGUUUCAAAAGGACCAUUCUACGGAAGCUGCACCGACCCAAUCAUGAUCCAGGUUUGCUUCUGUCAGAUAAACUUUAUGAAACACCAGGCACGGGAAAUAGUUACUUGAACUCCGUCGCCCAAUCAUUGUUGGCCUGCAAGUCCCGAAACAAUAUAGUUGCAUAGACAAGUCGCCCUAACGAUCUGAAAUGGUCGCUAUCUCGGUCCACUUCAGAAGUUCCUCAACUCGGAAUUGCUAUUAAUGGUAAUGACCAACGUGUCGACAAACAGUAUGUGGUAUCUAAUGCGUUAUAACAAAGAUGAAACGUAGCA